UGUUAAAAUAUAUUUUUUGUCAUUGAUAAAGAUAUAUUUUCUAUUAUAUUGUAUAUAUGACAUCUGUGCUUCAUAAUAAUGUAUAUGGAAUAAUUUAUGUAUGUACAAGCAAUGAGAUUGUAGAGACUUUGUUCGAGGCGAUUGUUCUGUUCAGAACAUUGUACUAUUGUAGUUCCAUCAGUCUGCGACCGUGGCAUUCUUUUGCGUCAAACUUUUAUCGUCAACUUGAUUUCUCAUUCGAAAGGAACGGACUAGCGCUUUAAGAUAAUUCAGUAAAAAUCGAACGAUUUUCUUCAAUAUGGAGGACGACCUACCAUCCAAGUAUGAAGUGAUCGUCAUUGGCACUGGUAUGACUGAGUCAAUUGUUGCAGCUGCUGCUAGUCGAAUUGGAAAACGAGUCUUACAUUUAGAUAGAAAUGACUAUUAUGGUGGUAUGUGGGCAUCAUUUACAUUUGAAGCUCUCCAAAAGUGGUUAGAUGAAUGUAGAAAUGGUAAAACAAAUGAUUUUGUGAAAACAUCUUCACCAUUAGUGCAGGACACUGAGAAGUCUAUAACCAUAGGCAAUCAAUUUUCAACUGUAUUCAAUAUUGAAGAAAAAUGGUUUAUACCUGAAAAACUUCCUUCAGUCGGUAAUUUACUUAGUGCAAAAAUUACUCAAACUGAAGAUAGUCCAAAAGAAAGUAAAGAUGGACUGACCGAAACUGAAGCUACAUUAAAACAAAAUGAUAAACUUUGGUGUCAAGCUAAAAUUAAAACCAUGGGACGUAAAUUUAACCUGGAUUUAGCUCCCAAACUACUUUUCUCCCGUGGCACACUGGUAGAACUACUUAUUUCAUCAAAUAUCUCUCGUUAUGCUGAAUUUCGAUGUGUAAAUCGUAUUCUUACAUGGCAAUCUGAUAAAUUGGAAACAGUUCCAUGUUCUCGAGCAGAUGUUUUUGCUACUAAGAAUGUUGGACUUAUUGAAAAACGACAAUUAAUGCAAUUAUUGACUUUGUGUGUUGAAUAUAAACCAGAAAGUGGUGAAUUUAAAGAGUUUGAAGAUAAAACAUUAAAACAAUACCUAGAAAGCAAAGGCUUAACUGAAAAUCUAAUGCAUUAUGUAUUAUAUGCUAUUGCAAUGUCAAAUGAUACAACACCAUGUAUGGUUGGUGUUGAAAGAACCCAACAAUUCCUAAGUAGCCUUGGUCGUUAUGGUAACACACCAUUUUUGUGGCCCAUGUAUGGUACUGGAGAACUUCCACAAUGUUUUUGUCGGCUAUGCGCAGUUUUUGGAGGUGUUUAUCACCUGAAACGGGCAGCUGAUAGUGUUAUAACAGCAGACAAUGAAUGUAAAGCUAUUUUAUCUGAUGGAUCAAGGCUUGAUUGUGAUCAUCUUGUAAUGGGUGUUGCUGAUGCUCCACCAGAAUUUUUAGGGUCUGUUCCUAAAGCAGGUCUUUCAAGAGGCAUCUUUAUAAUUGAUAGAUCAAUAUCUACCACCGAUAAGGAGUCUUUGACAUUACUUCAAUUUCCAAUUAAAGGAAAAGAGCCAAUAACAGUAAUUGAAGCUGGACCAUCCACUCAUGUUUGCCCUCCGGGACUUUAUUUACUACACAUGACUACUAAACAAAUAGAUAAUGCAGUAAAUGAUUUAAAGCCAGCUGUUGAUGCAUUAUUACAUUCUGAAUAUGCAGAUGGCACUACAAUUAGAAUAAAUACCGAUACUCAAUCAACCCAAACGUCAAAAGAGGGAGAUUCUUCUGCUUCAAGUGGAGAGUCAAGCAUACUAAAUGAGUCAUUAAAACCUCAAAUUCUGUAUGCACUAUAUUUUAAUUGUCCUGAAACAUCUGAAUAUGAUCUAUCCCAAAAUGUUCCGAGUAAUGUACAUUUGUGUUCAGGACCUGAUCUAGCAGUUGAUUAUGAGUUUGCUGUUAAACAAGCAAAAUCUAUUUUUUCAAAAAUGUAUCCAGAUUCUGAAUUUUUGCCCCGUGCUCCUGAUCCUGAAGAACUAUCUCUUGAAGUUGAUGAAGCUGCUGGCCCUCCUUUCCAAAGUUCUGAAGAACCUAAAGAAGAAUGAAUGAACUUAAAAUAUCCUGCAUUUGCUUUAAUUUCAUUAUGAUAGGCUAUUAUUUUACCAAUUUAAUUUAAGAUAAUCGUUAGCUUUUUAUACUUGUAUAACUCGUUUAUUAUCUAGCAAUCUUAUAAAAGUAUAUAUUGAAACAAUAUUUAUAAUUAAUUUAAUAAAUCUGAUGAAAGGAGUUCAUAUUAAAAAAGUAGUUGUUAUUAUUAAUAUUAUUUGCAUUGAAUAUUAAUUAAAAUAAAAAUAUUAUUUUUAUUAACUUAAAUUUAUAAUAAUAUAUUACUAAUAUUAAUUAUCCGAUCAUAUCAUGCCUUUAUCGUGAGAUUCAAUAUCUAGCUAUGAAAUGCUAAAUCUCAAAAUUAAAUUAUUCAAUUUUAAUAGUAAUAAUAUAGUUGCACCAAUGUACACAGUUUAAGAACAAUUUAUUUAAUGACAUGGUUUGAAUAGAAAAAUGUAUAAUUAGUUCUUAAAUUUUUGUUUUAUCAUUUAAAAUGUUUAUACAACUGCAAUAUCUAGCAUAAAAUAUUUAUUAUUACAUCCAGAAUAUGAACUCCUCUGAACUACAUUCCCUAGUUUUUUUCUUAACAAUAUUAUUUGGCAACUGUUUCAAAAGAGAAUGUAUCAGGCAUCAACUGGUUUUCGUCCUACAUGCCUAGGACAUACACCUCCCACAACCAACCCCACGGCUCAUACUUCUUAAAAACAGUAUACUGUUAAAACAAAAUUGCAAAAAAAAAUAUACCAUCAAAAGUUUUCUAAAAAUUAUGAUAGCCCCCCCCCUCCCAUCCAAGUAUCUGGAGCCUUCCCUGGGUGUAUCAUGUUGGGUCUCUUCGUUCAUAUUCAGAAAUAAAAAACUGCAUUGUCGCUGAAAUGCAAUAGUGACCCGUGGAAGGGGAAAAUUGGGGUCCAUGCUUCCGCGGCCGUCAUUUCACCGGCUUAGAACUGGUAUAUUCUCUUUUGAAACCGAGUAAAAUUGUUUUUCUACUAUUUAAUUUAUCACUAAAUUACUAAUAGAUUUUUAGAAAUUAUAGUUUUACUUUAAGUUUUAAAAUAUUGCAUAGUUUUAAUUGAUUUUAUACGAAAAAAGAUAUUAUAAAUGUCUUUAAUGCAUUCAAUUAAUGAUUCAAAAUAAUAUAUUUACUAUAAUUUGCAUAUUUUGACCAUAUGUUUAAAUAAUCCUAGUAUUGAGUAAUAUUUUAACACGUAAUGAACAUUUUUACUUGCAGAUAAAAUGUAGGUACCUAUACUGACUAUACUACAUAAUAUCUUGGUUAUUUUAAAUCCAUUUAUUAUUCACUUAAAAUUUAUCUGAUGAUUUAUUACUUUAACUAUAGUAACUAUUUUCAAAUGACUAUAGUUAACAUUGCACUGGUAUUUGCUUAAAGAAUUGUAACUCUUAAUGCAUGUAGAAAUAUAAUUAAUCAUGUUAUUUGUCAAUAUAAAUUUUUUGUUUAAUAUUUGUU